UUCUGACACCUGAUCUUGCAUCAGCCGGUUAAACCAUGGAAGCAGAAGAGGAGGUGGAAAAGAUCAGUAUCAUUGCUGAAAACCUCCGAGAGAGCGAGGCAGGAGAUCAGGGGGUGGGGCUGCUUGGCUCUGAGAAGGGCACUUCUACAACCUGGAAACAUAAAUGCGCUUCCUACGUCCUGGCCCUCCGGCCUUGGAGUUUCAGCGCCUCCUUGACACCCGUGGCUCUGGGCAGUGCCCUAGCAUAUCGGUCCCAGGGGACUCUGGAUCCCGGACUCCUGGUUGGCAGUGCAGUCACUGUCUUGGCCGUCCAUGGGGCUGGGAACCUUGUUAAUACCUACUACGACUUCUCCAAAGGCAUUGAUCACAAGAAAAGUGAUGACCGGACUCUGGUAGACCGGAUCUUGGAGCCUCAAGAUGUUGUCAGAUUUGGCGUCUUCUUGUACACCCUCGGCUGCAUCUCCGCAGCUUGCCUCUACUGCCUCUCCACCCUGAAAUUGGAGCAUCUGGCCCUAAUCUACUUUGGAGGACUCUCUAGCUCCUUCCUUUAUACUGGAGGCAUCGGGUUCAAGUACGUGGCGCUGGGCGACGUGGUGAUCCUCAUCACCUUUGGGCCACUGGCCGUGAUGUUCGCCUACGCCAUCCAGGUGGGCUUCCUCUCCGUCUCGCCCUUCCUCUACGCCGUCCCCCUGGCCCUCAGCACCGAGGCCAUCCUGCACAGCAACAACACGCGGGACAUGGAGUCUGACCGGCAGGCAGGCAUCGUCACCCUGGCCAUCCUCAUCGGUCCCACCCUCUCCUACGUCCUCUACAGCACCCUGCUGUUCCUGCCCUAUGUGAUCUUCUGCGUCCUCGCCACCCGCUACACCAUCAGCAUGGCGCUGCCCUUGCUCACCAUGCCGAUGGCCUUCUCGCUGGAGAGGCAGUUCCGCAGCCAGAGCUUCCACAAGAUCCCCCAAAGGACAGCCAAGCUCAACCUUCUCUUGGGACUCUUCUAUGUCUUUGGCAUCGUCUUGGCACCGCCGGGCUCCCUGCCCAAGCUUUAG